UCUUCUUCAUCCAUCUCUCACAACAAACAAAAAGAAAAUGGUUAAGCUCGGCAAUCUCCUCGUUGCGACCUUCGGGGUUCUCCUCGUCCUUAACGGCUGCCUUGCAAGGCAGUCUCUUGGGGUUCCUCCUCAGCUGCAGAACGAGUGUAACCUUGAUAACCUGGACGUUCUCCAAGCCACCGAAACUAUCAAGAGUGAGGCCGGUCAGAUCGAGUACUGGGAUCACAACCACCCUCAACUCCGAUGUGCUGGUGUCUCCGUCGCUCGUUAUGUGAUCGAACAAGGCGGUCUCUACUUGCCCACCUUCUUCACUUCCCCGAAGAUCUCAUACGUUGUUCAAGGAAAGGGUAUUAGCGGAAGAGUGGUCCCUGGAUGUGCUGAGACCUUCAUGGACUCGCAGCCCAUGCAAGAACAACAGCAAGAACAAAGACAGGGACAACAGGGACGACAACCAUGGGGAGGCCAGGGACAACAGGGACAACAGGGACAACAGCAACAACAAGGGUUCCGUGACAUGCACCAGAAGGUGGAACAUGUUCGCCAGGGAGACAUCUGUGCCAUCACUCCAGGCUCUGCCCAUUGGAUCUACAACACCGGAGAACAGCCACUUGUCAUCAUCGCUCUUCUCGACAUCGCCAACUACCAAAACCAACUCGACCGUAACCCUAGAGUGUUCCAUUUGGCCGGAAACAACCAACAGGGUGGCUUUGGCGGUCCACAGCAACAACAAGAACAGAAGAACAUGUGGAGCGGCUUCGACGCUCAGGUCAUUGCUCAGGCAUUGAAAAUUGACGUUCAGUUGGCUCAGGAGCUUCAGAACCAACAAGACAACCGAGGAAACAUCGUUCGUGUUAAGGGACCUUUCCAGGUCGUGCGACCACCUUUGAGACAACCCUACGAGAGCGAAGAGAGGAGACGCCCACGUGGCCCACAAGACAACGGCCUUGAGGAGACUAUCUGCAGCAUGAGGUCCCACGAAAACAUUGACGACCCUGCUCGUGCUGACGUAUACAAGCCCAACCUAGGUCGUAUGACCACCGUUAACAGCUACACCUUGCCCAUCUUGCAGUUCAUCAGGCUCAGCGCCACCCGUGGCAGUAUCCAGGGUAAUGCUAUGGUACUUCCAAAAUACAACAUGAACGCUAACGAGAUCUUGUACUGCACCGGAGGACAAGGAAGGAUCCAAGUUGUGAACGACAACGGACAGAAUGUGUUGGACCAGCAGGUGCAGAAGGGACAGCUCGUGGUCAUCCCACAAGGGUUCGCAUACGUUGUCCAGUCCCACGGAAACAACUUCGAGUGGAUCUCUUUCAAGACUAACGAAAACGCUAUGAUCAGCACUUUGGCUGGACGAACCUCGCUCUUGAGGGGAUUGCCAUUAGCGGUCAUCUCAAAUGGUUUCCAGGUCUCCCCCGAGGAAGCUAGGAGGAUCAAGUUUAACACCCUUGAGACCACCUUGACUCGAUCCGCUGGUAGGCAACAACAACCUUUUAUCGAGGAGAUCGUCGAGGCUUAAAUGAACCGUUUUUUCUUUUUCUAAAUAAAGUGUAUGGUCACUUUGUAAUCAUGCCUUUAACGGUUGUGUAAACUACGUGUCUGCGGCACCUUACUUGUAAUAACACUUUCUUCUCAUAAAUAAAAGGAAGUUCGAGUUACAUA